AUUUUGUCCCCUUCCCCCGGCCGUCCCCUCCGCUCCGCCAGCUGCCGGCGUGACAUCUGCGGGCCGGGGACCUGCGCGCGCGCCCGGGACGGAAGAAUGGCAGUGCUCAAACUCGCCGACCAGCCCCCACUGGUCCAGGCAAUCUUCAGCGGUGACCCAGAGGAGAUACGGACGCUCAUCCACAAAACCGAAGAUGUGAAUGCUCUGGAUUCUGAGAAGCGAACCCCACUUCACGUGGCUGCGUUCCUGGGAGAUGCAGAGAUCAUCGAACUCCUCAUUCUGUCAGGAGCUCGUGUCAAUGCCAAGGACAACAUGUGGCUGACCCCACUGCACCGGGCUGUUGCCUCCAGAAGUGAAGAAGCCGUGCAAGUACUGAUCAAGCACUCGGCCGAUGUCAACGCGAGGGACAAGAACUGGCAGACCCCGCUCCACGUGGCGGCGGCCAACAAGGCUGUGAAGUGUGCGGAAGUGAUCAUUCCCCUGCUGAGCAGCGUCAACGUCUCCGACCGAGGGGGCCGCACAGCCUUGCACCACGCCGCUCUGAACGGCCACGUGGAGAUGGUCAACUUACUCUUGGCCAAAGGAGCGAACAUCAACGCGUUUGACAAGAAGGACCGGCGUGCUCUGCACUGGGCGGCCUACAUGGGCCACCUGGAUGUCGUGGCCCUGCUCGUCAGCCAUGGAGCGGAAGUGACGUGUAAGGAUAAGAAGGGUUACACCCCCCUGCACGCUGCAGCCUCCAAUGGACAGAUCAAUGUGGUCAAACAUCUCCUGAAUCUGGGGGUGGAGAUCGAUGAAAUCAACGUCUACGGGAACACGGCCCUCCACCUGGCCUGCUACAAUGGGCAGGAUGCAGUGGUGAACGAGCUGACGGACUACGGUGCUAACGUGAACCAGCCCAACCACAGCGGGUUCACCCCUUUGCAUUUUGCUGCUGCCUCCACACACGGUGCUUUGUGUCUUGAACUAUUAGUAAACAACGGGGCAGAUGUUAACAUCCAGAGUAAAGAUGGCAAAAGUCCACUGCACAUGACAGCUGUCCAUGGAAGGUUCACACGGUCGCAAACCCUCAUUCAGAAUGGCGGUGAAAUUGACUGUGUGGAUAAGGACGGCAACACUCCUCUCCAUGUGGCUGCAAGAUACGGUCAUGAGCUUUUGAUUAACACCUUAAUAACCAGCGGAGCUGACACAGCCAAGUGUGGAAUCCAUAGUAUGUUCCCUUUACACUUAGCGGCCCUAAACGCUCACUCGGACUGCUGCAGAAAGCUUUUAUCGUCGGGCUUUGAAAUAGACACCCCAGAUAAAUUUGGAAGAACGUGCCUUCAUGCUGCUGCCGCAGGAGGUAAUGUGGAAUGUAUAAAACUCUUGCAGAGCAGCGGAGCAGAUUUCCAUAAAAAGGACAAGUGUGGGAGGACACCUUUGCACUAUGCAGCUGCAAACUGUCAUUUCCACUGUAUUGAGACAUUAGUGACCACAGGGGCCAACGUUAAUGAAACAGAUGACUGGGGACGGACAGCUUUGCACUAUGCUGCUGCAUCAGACAUGGAUAGAAAUAAGACUAUGUUAGGAAACGCCCAUGAAAACUCAGAAGAACUUGAAAGAGCCCGAGAGCUGAAGGAAAAGGAGGCUGCGCUAUGUCUAGAGUUUCUGCUUCAAAAUGAUGCAAAUCCGUCGAUCCGGGACAAGGAAGGUUACAAUAGUGUACAUUACGCUGCUGCCUAUGGCCACAGACAAUGUCUGGAAUUGCUUUUAGAAAGAACAAACAAUGGUUUUGAAGACUCAGACUCCGGUGCUACCAAGAGUCCACUCCACUUAGCUGCCUACAAUGGGCACCACCAAGCCUUGGAAGUCCUUCUGCAGUCGUUGGUGGACCUGGACAUCAGGGAUGAGAAAGGCCGCACCGCUCUGGACCUGGCUGCCUUUAAGGGACACACAGAGUGUGUGGAAGCACUUAUCAAUCAGGGCGCGUCCAUCUUUGUGAAAGACAAUGUAACCAAAAGAACCCCACUCCAUGCCUCAGUAAUUAACGGUCACACACUGUGUUUGCGGCUCUUACUAGAAAUUGCGGACAACCCAGAAGCCAUUGACGUGAAAGACGCCAAAGGACAAACCCCACUGAUGCUUGCUGUGGCAUAUGGACACAUUGAUGCUGUUUCACUGUUACUUGAAAAAGAAGCCAAUGUAGAUGCUGUUGACCUCAUGGGCUGCACAGCUUUACACAGAGGGAUUAUGACAGGCCACGAGGAAUGUGUGCAAAUGCUGCUGGAGCAAGAAGUGUCGAUUCUGUGUAAAGACUCCAGAGGAAGGACCCCGCUGCACUACGCGGCUGCUCGCGGCCACGCCACGUGGCUGAGCGAGCUGCUCCAGAUGGCACUGUCCGAGGAGGACUGUUCUUUCAAAGACAACCAAGGCUACACGCCGCUGCACUGGGCUUGUUACAAUGGUAAUGAAAACUGUAUAGAGGUACUUCUGGAGCAAAAAUGUUUUCGCAAAUUUAUCGGUAAUCCCUUCACUCCACUGCACUGUGCAAUAAUAAACGAUCAUGAGAAUUGUGCGUCGUUGCUACUCGGGGCCAUAGAUGCCGGCAUUGUCGGCUGCAGAGAUGACAAAGGCAGGACACCCCUGCAUGCGGCGGCAUUUGCUGACCACGUGGAGUGCUUGCAGCUUCUUCUGAGACACAAUGCUGAAGUGAACGCAGCGGACAAUUCAGGGAAAACAGCACUGAUGAUGGCGGCCGAGAACGGGCAGGCGGGCGCUGUGGAUAUUUUGGUGAACAGUGCCCUGGCUGAUCUGACUGUAAAGGAUAAAGACUUGAACACACCCUUACAUUUGGCUAGUAGCAAAGGUCAUGAAAAAUGUGCCUUGUUAAUACUUGACAAGAUACAAGACGAGAGCCUUAUUAAUGCAAAAAAUAAUGCACUGCAGACACCCCUCCACGUGGCUGCGCGAAACGGCUUGAAGGUGGUGGUAGAGGAGCUGUUGGCCAAAGGGGCCUGUGUACUCGCUGUGGAUGAAAACGCUUCUAGGUCAAAUGGACCCCGUUCUGCACCUGGAAUAGCUGUACAAAAAGAAGAAUGAGACUCUUUAAGCAUUAUGCACAUACACAUGCACAC